AUGUCGGGUCCCGAGCUCAAGGGCCCGGUCGAAGCCGUCCCCGGCGAAAGGGUCUCCCUUGAUAGCUAUGGUUCUUCGGUGCGACACAACUCGGAUGGCCUUCAGCGCCGCCUGGACAACCGUCAGAUCCAGCUCAUUGCCAUUGGAGGCACAAUCGGAACCGGUCUCUUCGUCACCAUUGGCGAGGGUCUCGUCAAGGGCGGGCCCGGCAGUCUGCUCAUCGCCUACACCCUGUAUGCCUGCGUCGUCGCUCUCGUCAACAACUCCAUCGCCGAGAUGAGCACCUACAUGCCCGUGUCCGGCGGCUUCAUCCGUCUGGCGGGCGUCUGGGUCGAUGACGCUCUCGGCUUCAUGGUCGGUUGGAACUACUUCCUCUACGAAGCGUUACUGAUCCCGUUCGAAAUCACUGCGCUCAAUCUCGUGUGCUCUUUCUGGAAUGAAAAGAUCACGGAGCCUGGCCCGACUGCGGGUUUCUGCAUCGCCAUCAUUAUUGCAUAUGGUCUCUUGAAUGUUGUUGCUGUUGGCAUAUUUGGUGAGGCAGAGUUUUGGCUCUCGGGUGGCAAGGUCCUGCUCAUCUUUAUCCUCUUCUUCUUCACCUUCAUUACGAUGGUCGGCGGCAACCCCCAACACGAUGCCUACGGCUUCCGUUACUGGAAAAACCCUGGCGCGUUUUCGGAGUACCUCACGCAAGGUGACGCGGGCCGCAUGGAAGGUUUCAUGGGUGCUCUGGCUACUGCCUCGUUCACCAUUGUCGGCCCGGACUACAUCUCCAUGAUUGCCGCCGAGGCGAAGCAUCCGAGUCUAUACAUCAAGUCGGCCUUCAAGACCGUCUACCUGCGUUUUGGCAUCUUCUUUGUGGGCGCUGCGUUGACCUGUGGCAUCGUGCUUCCCCACAACGACCCGAUUCUCGAGAAGAUCUAUCUGGGCGGUGGAGAGGGUCGCGGCACCGCGGCCGCGUCUCCAUGGGUCAUGGCCAUGGAGAACAUGAAGAUCCAGGGUCUCCCCCACCUGGUCAAUGCCCUGCUCUUCACCACCAUUUUCUCCGCCGGUAACACGUACACCUACUGCGCGACCCGAUCCCUGUACAGCUUGGCCCUCGACGGCCGCGCCCCGGCGUUGCUCCGAAAGACCACCAAGAACGGUGUGCCUAUCUACUGCUUUGCCGUCACCAUGAUCUUCCCCUUGCUCUCGUUGUUGCAGUGCGGCAGUGGCUCGGCAAAGGUUCUGAGCUGGCUCCUCGCUCUCAUCACGGGUGGCGGUGUGAUUAACUACCUCGUCAUGUCAAUCACCUUCAUUAACUACCACCGCGCGUGUAAGGCCCAGGGCAUCGACCGUCGCAAAAUGCCAUACUAUGGAUACUUCCAGCCAUACAGUGCAUACAUCGCCCUCUUCCUCCAGACCAUCGUCAUCUUGACCUAUGGUUGGUCCGCUUUCCGCCCCAAGUUCGACGUUGGUUCUUUCUUCUCCAACUACACGAUGCAGAUUGUCGCGCCUCUUCUCUUCAUCUUCUGGAAGGUGCUGAAGCGCACCCACUACAUCAAGCCGCAGGACGUGGACUUGACGUGGGACCGCCCCAUCAUCGAGGCCUACGAGCAGCACGCCACGGUGCACGAGCCUCCCACCACGUUCUGGAGGGAGAUGAUCCAAAUGGUCGGAAUUGGUCGCAAGAAGGUGAUCAAGGGCGAGAAGGCCUAA